CAAGGAAGGCCAUGCGUAACGUAGCCAAACAAACGAUGCACCACCCCUCACCCGGCACUUCCCAUCCACUGUCGAAGCGUCCACAUCGGCGGCAUAAGGGUGGGCGACACAUCGAAGAAGAAUCGAUUGUACAUCACCGCCCCACCGUGGCUCGUACAGCGUCAUUCUCCCCUCCUUUCCUUCCACACACCCGGACGUCUUCAAGCUGAACGCCAGAAGAAGGUAGCGGCAGGCGGCCCCUGGAAUUGGAAGAUAGCCAUAUACGCUGUCCGUGGCUAUAGCUCUGUAGCGUGCAUCAGCACCAGUUGAGAUGUGCGCGGUGCGUUUGAUCAAGCGCGAGCUCUUUCGUUGGUAGGAAGAAUCACUGUUGAGGAGGCACUCGAGCCAUAAGAGAGCGCGGAAACGCGUACUUCUUGUUAUAUGAAUGGUGUAGCGCGCCUGGUUCUGCUUCGUCGGGUGCAGGCCACUGCUCUAGCGCUAGCGAUGCCGAAGGCCAAGAAACGUGAGCUCCUGGUUGUACUCGUUUUAGCAGCCGUCGUCACCGGUGCACCUCCUUAUCAAUGCAAGCCUGAACCAGCGCCCAACUGUUCCCUUGUAUUUCCCAGCAUUUUGUUCUUGAACCCGUGCCAGUACGUGUGCUUCGAGCGACUGCUGCUGCCCAGCAUCACCGUCAGAAAACACAACGAUGGAACGCUGUGCACGCCCGCUUUUGGCUUCUUGGGCAUCGGAACUUGCCACAACGGCACCUGCGUACAGCCCACGUCUCAUGGCCCCACGACGGUGCAGCCAGGGACUCGUCCUCCUCCAAGGGACACGUUCCUUCCCAGAGACAUAACAGCCUCGCACCAUCCACGAGGCUCGACAGUCGUGCCCGCAACCACGAGUCACACCGGUCACUCAACGGGCGCUACUGCAGCGCGCACUGCAGCCACUGUUCGGCCAGUUCACAUAAUGCCUUGAAUAGCGCACGAGUUUCUAUGCGCUUGUUCUGAAUAUUCAUUUUUUUUUUUUUGGAAACUGCACGUCGAACUUUUCC